AUGGAGUUCAUAAAUGGGGUUUUCUUGAUUCUUCCUUUGGGCUUUGUUUUAGUUUUUGAGGUUUUGAAGAGAUUGAAUGGUUUGUAUUAUGCAUUGAAGUUGGGGAAGAAAUGGGGUGAGCUUCCUCCUGGUGAUCUCUCUUGGCCACUUCUCGGCUCUACUUUAUCUUUCCUCAAAUCUUUCACGGUUGGUCCACCUGAAAGCUUUAUUCGUGCCUUUACCACCAGGUAUGGGAAAGUUGACAUGUACAAGACCCACAUUUUUGGGAGAGCAAGCAUACUUGUCUGCAAACCUGAAAUCUGUCGCCAAGUACUAAUCAAUGAAACCAAAUUUGUUCCUGGUUAUCCCGCCAGCAUGAAAACGUUAUUUGGUAGAAAGUCGCUGCACCGAGUCUCUAAGGCAGAGCACCGGAAGCUCCGACGGGUGACAACCGCGCCGAUCAGCGGCCACGCUGCACUCGAGAUGUACAUCGAGCACAUUAAACACACAGUGAUCAACGGGUUGGAGGAAUGGUCAAGCGUGGAGAAGCCAUUGAAGCUGUUGACAGAGAUAAAAGAGCUUACCUUCAAAAUUAUUUGGAACAUUUUUAUGGGUUCAACUUCAAUAGACUUUACCACAAAAGAAAUGGAGGCUUUGUAUAAUGAUAUUUCACUUGGGUUCUUCUCUUUGCCCAUCAACUUUCCUGGCUUCUACUUCCAUAAAUCUCUCAAGGCUCGAAAAAGAUUGCAUGAAAUACUUCUAUCUAUUGUGAAUGAGAAGAGGUUGAUGAAGAAAAGCAAAGGGGAAAGUUGGGAAGCACAAGAUAUGAUGGAUUUGAUGAUAGAAGUGGAAGAUGAAGAUGGAGAAGGGAUGGAUAAUGAGACCAUUGCAGAUUUGAUUUUUGGUAAGUUAUUUGCAGGCCAGGAAACUUCAGCUUUCACUACAAUGUGGGCAAUUAUAUUUCUUACCGAUCAUCCACAUAUAUUCCAAAAGGCCAAGGAAGAACAAGAAGAUAUCCUUAGUCGAAGACCUUCAACACAAAAGGGUAUAAAUCUCGCAGAAUUUAAACAAAUGAAAUUUCUUUCUCAGGUGAUAGAUGAGACGCUUCGUCUUAGUGGUAUUACAUUUGCUACUUUUCGUGAGGCAACAACGGAUGUUAAUAUCAAUGGUAAACUUAUACCAAAAGGAUGGAAAGUCAUACUUUGGCUUCGAGAGCUUUACAUGGAUGAAGAGCUACAUCCUUUCCCACAAGACUUCAAUCCAUCAAGAUGGGAUAAUUUUAUAGGCAACCCAGGUGCGUUUACCCCGUUCGGAUUGGGAGUCAGGAUGUGCCCUGGACGUGAUCUUGCCAAGCUCGAGAUCUCAAUUUUCCUUCACUAUUUUCUACUCAAUUACAAGAUCGAGCGAUAUAAUCCACAAUGCCAAUUGACUUAUCUACCAAUUCCUUAUCCCAAAGACAAAUGCUUGGCAAGAGUGCUGAAAACUGCAUGA